AUGCAACUCAAAUCCAUUGCUAUUUCAGUUGCACUUGCAAAAUUGGCAACUAUUGUUUCCGCAGAUGCUUCAAACUAUUGGCAAUCAUUCACCUCUCAAGUCAAUCCUCAAAACAUCUCUAUUCCUUCCAUCACUCAAACAACCAGUGUUGACCCAACUGCUGAAUGUCAAUAUUAUCAACCUGACUCAUCUUUGUUUGUCUUUAAUCAAUCUGAAUGGCCUACUUCCUGGCAAACAGCUACUAGUAACGGCAUGUCCCAGUCUGCAGAAUUCCAAGCGUUGUAUAACUCUAUCGAUUGGACUAAGGCACCCAGUAUUCAGCCCCGUAAAAUGACUACCAGUGGUGGAUUGGAUAUGAGCAAUUAUUCUUCUGCUGAGGAUCCUGACUGCUGGUGGUCCGCUAGCACCUGUACAAAGCCUAAGUUGGCUGAUGUCAAUAAAGAUAUUGUCAACUGUCCUGAACCAGAAACUUGGGGUCUUACCUAUGAUGAUGGACCAAACUGUUCUCACAAUGCCUUCUAUAAUUAUCUUCAAGAUAACAAAUUAAAGGCUACCAUGUUUUAUAUUGGUUCUAAUGUCAUUGACUGGCCCUAUGGUGCUAUGCGUGGUCUCAAGGAUGGUCAUCACAUUGCAGCCCACACUUGGUCACACAACUACACAACUACUCUUACCAAUGAAGAAGUCCUUGCCGAACUUUACUAUACACAAAAGGCUAUUAAGCUCGCUACAGGUGUUACUCCUCGUUACUGGCGUCCUCCUUACGGUGACAUUGAUGACAGAGUCCGUUGGAUUGCUACACAAUUAAACCUUACUGCUGUUAUCUGGAACCUUGACACCGAUGACUGGGCUGCUGGUCUUACUACUACUCUGGAAGCUGUUGAACAAAACUAUCAAAACUUUGUCACAAUGGGUACCAACGGAACCUUUGCCAAUUCUGGUAACAUUGUCUUGACUCACGAAAUCAACAACAACACAAUGCAGUUGGCCGUAAAUUACUUGCCCAAAAUCGUCAGUGCUUACAAGCAAGUCCUUGAUGUUGCUACCUGUUACAACAUUUCUUACCCCUACUUUGAAAAUAUCCAAUGGACCAACACAUUGAACGGUACUUCUGCCAAGAGCAGCAGCAGCAACAGCAACAACAGUGGAAGUAGCAGUAACAGCGCUGCUUCAUCUAGCACCUCACCCAAGAUUGGUUCUGCUGCUGCUAGUAGUUCCGGUAACUCUAUUGUUCCUUCUCUUGGCUUAGCUGCCGUUUUCAUGUUUACUGCCUUGUUUUAA